ACGAACGGCGGUGUGAGGGGCUGGGAGCGCGCGGCGAUGCGGCCGCGUCAGGAGGCCGCCGGGGGCCGUGACUGGCGAGCCCAGGCAGCGGGACAGAGAAGAGUCGCCGCCGCCGCUGAGCAGGAGGAGGGGGAGGAGGAGGUGUGGGGGCGGCCGCUGCGACGAGGCGCAGCUGCGGCCGCGGAGCAGCGCUUCGGUAGGCUGAAGGCGGCGGAAGCCGACAGCUCUGGCGACAGUGACGACAGCGGGAGCCCACCGAGGGCUCAAGGGGCGGGUAGAGGCGAGGAGGAGGAGGAUGAUGGCGGGACAGAUCCAUAUCCCAUGUCUUUCGAGGAACUACUACAGGCACAGAGCAAUAUGAGAACAAGAGUGUGCAAGCAGGUGACUAGUGGGAAGAAAACUGCAAAGCCUACCAAAGUUACAGUGAAGCAGCAACAAGGCAAAAAGGGGCCACUGGAGAUGUCUGCCAAGAAGCCUGUACCUUUUCUGCGACAAGUUGUCUCUGUUAGAAAGAAGGUCCACAGAGACCCUCGAUUUGACGACCUGUCUGGAGAGUAUAAGCCUGAAAUAUUUAUGAAGACUUACAGCUUCCUGGACAACAUCAAAAAGCAGGAGAAGGAGAUGGUUCAGAAACAGCUGAAAAAAUGUCGGAAUGUGGAGCAGAAGGAGAAACUCCGGCAGCUCCUGAACCGCAUGACACAGCAAGAGCAGGCACAGAAAAACCAGCAGAAACUGAGGGAGAGGGAGCUGGCUUUGAAGAGGCAACAGAGGGAAUUGGCCAAGCAGGGAAAGAAGCCUUUUUUCCUAAAGAAAUCUGAGAAGCGGAAGUUGGAGCUUGCCGAGAAGUACACAGAGCUGAAGAGGAGUGGGAAGCUGGAAAACUUCCUCAGCAAGAAGAGGAAGAGGAAUGCCAUCAAAGACAAACGCCGCCUACCCUCACAGAAUAGCCUGUGACUGCUGGACAGAUGUGCUGCUGUCUGGCACUGUGCCUCGCUCUGCUUUGCCCUGGCCAGGCCUGGAAGAUGGCCGGCUGUCUGGUGUCCCAGAACACGCCUUUUGCUGGAUGUUGAUGCUGUGGGGCAGCAGAGCACAGGCUGAACUGAAGGAAACGGUGCUUUUUGUAGCUGAAAUGUCCUCACUUGUGGUUUAUACCGUGCCUGGGUGGUGAGAAGCCUGUCGUGCAGAUGCACAUGGUGUUGACAGCUGCCUCAUCCCUUCUUCUAGCUAGGAAAGCUGCAUUGCUGCCUCCGCUCUAGGUCUUACCAGACACCAGCUGAGGUGGGAAAGGACUUCUGGCCUGCUCAGGGCAAGCUCCGACUACAGACCAGGGCUGCUUCACUUGGGUUUGGGAAUGUCCAAGGACAGAUGCUACCUCCUCUCCUGGCCUCUGCUCCACUGUUUGAAGUUUCUCAACAUUAAACUUUUUUUAUCCUCUCUUCCAGGAAACCUGCCUGGUUUUAGUCUUGUUUGCAGUGAAAUGCCUGGCUCUUGGCUUCUCAGUAGCCUUGUCACAGGCCUGGAGGAUGGGUGGAAGGGAAAAGGGGUGCUGCUAGGUCUUCCUCAGAAUGAAUGAACCCCAUUCCCUCAGCCUUUUCUCGCCCCUCACAGCUUUCAUAUGCUCACCUGGAGGAUCCUGAGGGCCCAGCCCACACACACAGGACAUGUCUGUCAUGUGGCAGGGAGAGGAUCACACCUCCCAGCAUGACCCCAGUGACACAGCCCCUGGCCAGAGCACAUUGCUGCCUGGCUUCCCCCUGGCAGGGCUGCCUGUCUUCUUGACUUCUCCAGGUGGUCUCCACGGGGCUACUAAUGCUUCUAAGAAGGAAACUGGUUCUGCAUGAAAUAAAAUA